GCCUGGUGAAACCCCAGCAUGAACUGGACUGUGGGGCAAGUUGUGCGAUCAAUGCAUCGUAUUUUAUCACGAAUAUUUGACUUAAACUUCCUUUUUUUUUUAAGCGAGUCGAUAGUAUAAACAAAGGCUUGGUUUUGCAAGAGCGCUGCAGCAGUGAGCCUGUACACAGUUUGUUGUGUAAACAGUAGGCACCGAUGGUGGGGGAGGUAAUGGAGGAACCUGUGACGUUUGGUUAAUGAGUAGAGAACAGUGUAUGCCACCUUUUCCCGUCUUUCUCCGGAUGGAUACCGGACCCGCCCCCGCUCCUGCCUCCAUGGUGGUGGGCCCUUCCACGCUGUGGCGGCUGGCCGAGAGGAGGAGCAGGAAGACCGGCUCGGCGAACAUUUUCAGCAACGUGAAUCUGUGGCAGCUCCAGAGACUGUUCAGAGCAGCAGGGGACCAGGAUGCAGAGCAGAGGGCCCAGCUGGUUUGGGGCCAUGGAGAUGAGGCUGAACUGGCUCAGGCAUUGAUAGGACUGAGGGCCCGAACUCACAGGAGAGGGUUGAGGACUAACGGACGGGAAGUGCUGGGCUCACACUGGCUACGAGCCUUCAAUCACCUCAGGAUCGGGGAGAGCUCGACGAACAGCCAGGGGAAGGACCCCGGAGAGGACAGUGAUCCUGAGGCAGGAGCACACAGCAGUCCAGAGCCACACCGACAGUCUUCCGUAGGGACAACAGGAAGAGGUAAAGCGGUCACUGAAAGCCAGGGCCCUGCAGGGACUUCUGAGAGACCAGUUAGAACCAGCUCAGGAUUGAGAAGAGGAGAGAACAACCCGGAGAGAUACCUCCACAGAAUACUGCACUGACUUGACCAAAUCCUCUGAGACACAAAAACUGACUCUUUAGUCUGUACCUCUGAGAGUCUACCAGCAGUUAACAGUCCGCACAGCCUGCUGGUCUCUCCUGAAUACCGCUACAAUGAGUUCAGAAUCUGAAGCUCGGUUGAAUUAACUUGACUAACACAUUUCCAGUUACACAGGAAACUGUACUGCAGGUGGAAAGAAUAGAAUAGUUUCUCAUAAUGCCAUAAUGUCUGCCCUUUUAACGGCACUGAUCACAUGGCAGAAUAAUGGCACUGCAUUGUUAGACACAUGUCCACCUGAGUAAUAACAGCGGCACAAACCUCUGACUGGCUCCUGGAAUCCCACAACUUUAUAAAAUAGUUGCCUCUCAUGUACUGCCUUAUAUGUUCUCCUAAAUUCAUCCCACCACCCCCACUAUCCAUACAUACUGAUAAUUCUAGACAGUGAUGUGACUUCAAAUAGUUUUAUAGUUCAGUGGUGUGAAAAGGUGAGUAAAGGUUAGUAACUAUGAACUUAUUUAACUGAUCACUGUACUGCAAUAAGUUAGGAUUUUGACCUAGUAUUUAUUAGGCUGAGAGUACUGAUAUUAUAAUGUGUGGUUGCACUAUGGAUGUUACAGCUGUUAUAUCCACUAUCCAAGUACAGAUAUGUGUUUUUAAAAAAAAGGUAGAAUUACUGGUUCAAUGUCUUUACUCAAGUAAAAGUGGAAAACUACAGACUCUGAAAUGUAAUCAACGUAUAAAAGUAAAAAGUACUCUCAUGGAUUCUCUGAAGGACAUUUCUACCGGUUGUUUCUGUGCAAAGCUCACUGAAACUUCAAAUAGGGUCUUCCUCUUUUUUUUCUUUUCUUCAUGAUCGUCAUGUUACAUCUGCCGUGUGUGAUAAGCUACGUCAAUGAUUCCCCUCAAAUGCAUUAAAACUAAAGCAAUGACUUGGUUUUUAAAAUGUAAGGAGUAGAAAGUAUUUGUACUUUGUUACUUCCCAACUCUGCCUGUACUACAGAAAGCCACAUAUGUGAGAUGAUGUACUGUAUGUAUAUUAGCUUGAACAUAUGUUAACUUCUUAAUUGUUGUAUUCACACUAAUUGAAGCGUUAAAACUGAGAUAAGCUUUACUCACCAUGUUUCUGGUCACGUGUGUGUGUGUGUGUUGUGUUAAACUGUAAACACUAUUAAUGGCUAUGUUAGGUGUCAUGAGAUGUAGAAACAUACACGCCACGGCACAUUUUAGAGACUCAAAUGAUUCUUAUUCACUGUGUUAUGCCAUGAAUGGAAGCCAGUCACUGGUUUGUAUUUACUGAAAGUGUCAGGCGGUCAACUCUGCCUAGAGACCAAAAAUAAUAAAUAAGAGCUGCAAAGCCAACAACCCUCACUGUGCAGGGAAAGACUUGAAACACAAAUUAAAAUGUUCAUGGUAACAGUGUUUAAACCUGCUGUGCCUAUGAAAGUCUUGUAUCACCAACCUUAUCACAUUGCUGGAAGCUUGAUGCUUUUUGAUACUGUUUGAUUUUUAGAUUUGUGGUAAUAAAUAAGUGAGUCUUUGA